AUGGCUGACAUAUUAAGCAGGAAAUCUGAUAAUUCCAGAGCAUCAUAGCAAUCUUAAAAGAUUUUAGAUGAAGUUUCAUAUAAAAGCGGAACAAAAAUAUAUAGUCUAUAAGGUCUUCUCACAGAUGAAACAGUCAACAGUGUUUGGGGAUCAUUUGGUUUAUAUAUUUCCAAGCAAUUGAGGAGUGGUCGAUCUGUUAAAAUUCCUCACUUUGGUGUAUUUACUUUUACUAAUCCUGAUGUAACUUUACCAGGUGUAACUAAUCCAGAUAUCAGAGAUAAGUAAUUAAGAGAACCUGUCUUUAUUGUUUAAAAGGAUUUUUUAAACGGCAUUCCUAUACAAAGCGGUAUUCAGACUGAUUAAGGUGUGCGUCCAAUUAAUCUGCAAGGUUUAUGCGGAAAUAUACAAAUGAUAUAGGUAAAUUUGUUAGAAAUAUCUGAAUCUGCUAAUUGCUCUAAAGAAAAUGUAAGAUUGUCAUUAGAAAGAGUAUUCAGAUAGAUAUCUUUAGCUGCUAAAAAGGAUGGAUUUGUAUAAAUGAUCAUACCAGCAAUAGGAACUUUUUAAUAUAAAAAAGGCUUAGUCAAUGUUACUUUCUACGAAAGCCUCAAAAGAGAAUGCAAGGGUAUAGUUAAAAGACCACUAGAUGAAUAAAUAUAAAAGAGAUAAAGAUAUCUUACUGCAGAUAAACUUAAAUAAUUAGAUCAAGAAUCUAAUCAAUAUAAUAGCAUAUAAUCUCAAACUAUUGAUGGAAGUGCAAUAGAUUGGUUAGGAAAAAAUUAUGACUUUAAGCUCACCGAAUAAGUUAAAUAGUAAAAAUCUCUGAAUGAAAGGAGCAAAAUACCUUCCUAAAAAUCUUAAAGUAUUUCUUUUACUAAUGAAUCUUAAAUACUAUUGAACGGACAGUAGCCUUUAAAAAAAAUGUAAAACUGGAUGCUUUAGACCAAUCUCACUCCUUUGCAAAUAUUUGAUACAAUAGCUGUUAAAAGAGCCAAAUAUCCUAAUUUUAUUUCCAGAGAUGAGCAAGGAGAAGUUAUCAAGUUAAACAAAGAUGAAUUUAUAAGUUUUUUGCAGAAGAUAGGAUGUCCUAUUCCAGUUGCAGAACUUGAAUUCAUCUUUAUGAAGCUAGAUAAGUAAAAUAAUGGUUAUGUAGAUUACACAAUUUUCAAGCAGGAAAUUACAGGCAGAGAUGAUUCUAUAGUUUCCAUUCAAAGAAGUUUAAAAGAUUUAUGGAUAAAACUUAAGCUUAAUUUUUAGAAAAAGAAUUUAAAAGAUUUGCUGAUUGACCCAACUAAAAAACUCUAAAAAGAAGAUAUAUAGUCUUUUCUUUUAUCUAUGGAGCCUGCCAUCAAGAAGCAAGAUUUUCCUAAAAUCAUUUUUCUAUUAUUAAAUGGAUAACCCUUCAUUGAGUCAUCUAAAUUAGCAACUAUUUUGAGUAAUACCUUUGAUGAUUUACACUCAGAUUUGAACUGGGUCCAGUAAACAAAAAGAAAAAUUCAAUAAUAUUUGCAAUUAAAAAAAGAAGGAAUUUCUUAUCUCAUACAAGAAUUUACAUAAUAAGAUCCAAAGAAAAGUGGAGAGGUAGAUGCUUCUGCUUUUAAAUUAGUUUUAAAGAAGUGCAAAAUAGAUUUAAACUAAACAGACUUAAAUAGAUUAUUUAAAUAUGAAUCAUCAAAUGGACUUCUAAAUUAUAACGAUUUUAUGAAAUCUAUAGAAGUGUCAACAACAUUUUUCCCUCCAUUCAACUCUAAAGAUUCUUAAAAUUUGCAAAAAUUGGCUAGAUCGAUUAAUUCUUACAUAGAGUAGAAUUCUCUAAAUCACUUUAGCUUUGUAAAGAACCUAUAUUAAAAAGAAAACAUAGUUAAUGAAGAUACAUCUAAAAUUAAAGUUUCUUUAUUUGCAAGAUUAGUUUUUAAGUAUGUCAAUCCAGAUAUAAAGCCUCAUAUUAUAGAUUAUCUUUCAGAAAUUAUAGAUAUUGAUAAAGAUGGUUUCAUAGAUAAGUUUGAUCUGGAAACUUUUAUUUAGAGAUAUAAAAACUUUAGUUUAAACUAACAGUAACAACCAUAAAUAAUCUAAAUAGGAGGAUUAGAAGUAGAUUAGAAUUUGUUAGAAGGUAUUGAAACAGAGAACCUUCCUGAAUCUUUAAAAAUAAAAAAAAAAGAAGAAUCUAACUUUGGAGUUCACUACGAUGAUUACGAUGAAAAUGAUUAAAAUGAUGGUUCUUAGUUUAAUGGUAAUCCUUAAAGAAAAAUAAAAUUAACAGAAAAGCAAAUUGAUAAUUUGAACGGAAUAAUUAGAAAAGCUCUACAUGACAAAAAGAUCUCAAAUUAUGAUGCUUUCAAUAUCCUAGACUCAAACCAAGAUGGAUUUAUUAUUCUUUCAGAAAUGAGCAAUUUAGAUAAAAUAAUUAAGCUCAAUUAGUCAUAAAAGGAAGGAUAUUUUUGCUAUAUGGAUAAUUUAAAUACUGGUAUGAUAGACUAUUAAAGAUUUUUAGAAGUCAUUAAUAAGCCAAUCAACUUUAAACAAGAAAUAAAAGAAGAUAACUGGGACUGGCAAUUUGAAAUGCUAGAAAAAAUGAGAAAAUGGUAUAAAACUUAAAAUUUAGACUAUAUGGAAGCAUUUAAAAUUGCUGAUAUUGAUUUUGAUGGUCAAAUAGGAAAAAAAGAUUUGCAUUCUUUUUUGUCUGAUAUUUUGCACAUUCCUCAAGAUAUUAUUACAGAAACAAGACUUGAUCGUUUAUAUAAGUUAAUAGAUCAACAUAAAAGAGAUUCUAUUUAGUUUGGAGAUUUUAAGAAAGUUAUCGAAGAUUCAUUUGAUAUAAAUACUUUCAAGGAUAGAAGUUACUUUAAGAAUGGGUCUAACUUAGUAUAAAGUGCAAGUGAGUCCAAAUUAUCCAAAAUCAGAUAUCCUUCUACUAGUACUGCUUCUUAUAGAAAGUAAAUAUUUGAUGAAAUAAAUUCUCAGUCUGCCAAAUCUGUAAAGUUAGAGAAUAAUUAGAAACUAAAAUCUUCUUACUCUUCUUCUGUUUUCUAAAGUUCCAAACUUAAUCAAACUAUAAAUGAAUUGAGUUAAGGAUUCCAAAAAUCAAAGCAAAACUCAAUUUAGAGUAUUUUUGAAUGGAAAAUAAAUGCUAAACACUAAAUAGGUUUGUUUGUCUCCAAGUUUUAUCCCGAUAUAAGGACUAGUUUUGAAAUAGUGUCAGGUCACUAAAAUAGACUCCUUUAUACCAAAUUUAAAUAAUGGAUAGAUGAAAACAGAGUAUUAAAAGGUUUUAAUCUUACUGAGAAGCUCCUUUAGCAGCUUUUCUCAGACUUUGAUCCCCAUAAAAAAGGAUAUCUAUCAGAGCAUGACUGGGUAAGCUAACUAAAAAAUUACGAUUCAACUGAAAUGAUGAUUAAGGAAAUAUCAGAGGGGAUCGAAACUCAAUUUAGUGAUGCUAAGGAAGCUUUCCAAACUUUUUCUGAAUCUGGAAAAGACAUUAAUUUCAAAUAAUUUUGUCUUUAAGUGUUUGCCCAACAACCUAAGAGAUUUAAAGAAGAAGACUUGAUUAAAGCUUGGAACAGGGUAGCUGGGUCUAUUGGACAUACUAUCAAUUUCAAUGAUUUCAAAGAAGUUUUUUUCAAAAAUCACAAUAGCUUUUAAAAAGUUUAAAAAGAAGGAAAUGUGUUUAUUUCACCUUAUUCGAGCAGCCAGAAUAAAAAUAAAUUUAACUCUACUUUAUCUCUUAUAUCUUAUGAUAAUGCCCAGAAUUCUACUCUAAGUGUUAUUGAAAGAAUGAAAAAGCUAGUAAAAUCAUCUGACAAAGUGUUAGAAAAUCUCUUUGAAGAGUAUGAUAAAUCCAAUAGUGGAUUUAUUACCAAUCUCGAAUUCAGAAACGUAAUGAAGAAACUAAAUAUUGGUCUUUCUAUAUUUGAUAUCGAUAGCGUUUUAAAUAUUUGUGAGUCAAAAAGUGGUGCUCUCAUAAACUGGAGAGAGUUUUGUCACAAAAUUAAAUAAACAGACUCUGAUUUAAGACUAGUUAGUAGGGCAAGGGCAAGACUAGAGAAAAUUCGUAAACACAUUUACCAAUACCUUUUAUCUCCAAAAGAUGCUUUCAGAUAGUACAACGAAAACAGAUCAGGAAAAAUGACUUUUGAUGAAUUCAAGGCUUUGAUAAUACAGCUUGGAUAAUUAUCAUAAAGUGAGUUACCUUCUUUACCUAUAAUUAAGGAUAUAUUUGAAUUCAUAGAUAUAAGAAGAGAUGGAGUAAUAGAUAUUCAUGAGUGGAUGGAAACCUUUAGAAAAAUUGAAGUUGAUUAAUCUCCUCUAUAAAAUCUUAAGAAAAAUAACAGUAACUAGAUUUAUAAGUCACUAAAAAUUCCUAAAGUUAUCGAUUUAUCCAAAGGAAACUAAAUAUUUUCUAACCCUAAUAAUGGCCAAUUUGAUGUUUAAUUAUUUAGUUGGGAGUGCUCAUAAUAAUUUGAUUUAGUCUUAGCCGUUAUAGGAAAGAACAGAAAAUUGUUAUUAGAUAAAUUUAAGAAUGAGCACAAGUUAGGAUGUAUUACUUAUGAAAAGGCAAAGAACAUAAUUGGUCAAGUUCUAGAAUAGUCAAAUAUAAGACUAUCUGAUAAAAAUUUUAGCUGUCUUAUUAAAUUUGCAGAGAAAAAUGGCGAAUUAGAUUACAGGUUCCUUAUGGAAGUGUUCAAGUAACGUCAAGAAUAACUUCAAUAUUACCCCAUAAAAUGA